ACACUGAUAUAUCACUGCGCCAUCUAGUUUUGCAGGUACAUGGUUGAAGUUGUAAGCUGUUUUUUUUUGUAUAUAGAAGUUUGGGGAGCCUGCUUGGAUACGACUUACAUGUUUGAUACGUAGAUAAGACCAAUAAUGAUCGGUAAUGACAUGAGAUUGAAAAAGUUAGAACGAAUAGAUAUCUGUAUUUGUUAUUGUAAGUAAUCUUUUCACUUAUCUCAAAACCAAGUUCUUAAUGAGACGUAAUAAAUUCAUAACUUUAAUCUAUAAAAUGAAUAAUAACUCAAUUAUUAUGAUUAUUAAUUGAUUAAUUGGCUCUACUUUGUGUAUGAUUCAUACCAAACCGGUUUACAAUAAACGUAAUCAUUUUUAAGUUUCAGUUACAUGAUGGUGUUACGAAUUAUUAUUUGCAAUUAUAUUUAUAUAUAUAUCCUGUGAUAUACAACCAGAUGGAUUGACAUUAACAUUGACUAAAGCUAAAUAACAAUUUAUUGUUACCAUGUCCUUCUAUCCAUUACAACGAAGAUCUACAUUUCUAAUUGGAUUUGGAAUUGGCUUUUUUCUAGCCUCGUUAUUUUACUUCAUAGGAAGUUUUGUUAAUGAAAAUGCUAUCUAUAAUGAGAAAAAAUGGCAGUAUCAACAUUAUUCGGACGAUUUAUCUAUAGUGUGGAUGACACCUAUAAAUUUGUUCUCUCGAGGAAUUAAGUUUCGUAAUUGGGUCAAAAGCAAUUGGACAAAGGGAUUAGAAAAUGUAUCGUACAAUAAGUGGUUUGCAAUGUAUAAUUUACAAAGAAAUGCAAUAGAUAUGGAUCGUUAUUUAUAUGAACCAGAAUCAGCAAAUAUUUCACAGAAACUUGUAACAUUGGAAUCAGAUUGGUUAAAAUCCAAAAUAUUUAUUACAUGUAUUGUUUUUGUGGAGAAAGUUAAAUUAGGCAGAUCCAUAAAAGACACUUGGGGUAGUCAUUGCAAUCGAAUUUAUUUUUUUGGACAGCGAAUACAAGAUUCCCAAAUACCAAUCAUAAAUUUUACAAUAAAAUUUCAAUCUUCUUGGCAUUUUUUAUGUGAAAUUAUGAAUUAUAUAUGGAAAGAUGAUGAGGUCAAGCAAUGGAUACUUUUUGUAAAAGAUGAUAUGAUGGUGAUUUUGGAAAACUUACGUUAUAUAGUUGCUCCAUUAAACUAUGAAGAAAAUUAUUAUUUGGGUCAUGCUGUUGUAAUGUGGGGUCAACCGUAUAAUGUUGCUCAAGCAGGUUAUGUAUUAAGCAAAGGAUCGCUUAGAAAAAUGACGGAAAUGUUCAAUACGUCCCAAAAAUGUGCUGCUGGUGGAAAAUACUGGAAAAAAGAGGAUUAUUAUCUUGGAAAACAUCUGUCAUCUAUGGGUAUUCUUCCUAUGGAUACACGGGAUGAAUAUUUAAGAGGAACUUUUCAUGGUUAUGCUUUAAAUAAUUUAUUAUGGGGAAUUGCAAAACCUGGUAGUUAUUGGACACAUGCUUUAUAUCCUCCACAAAAAGAAUGUUGCUCUUCUAUGUCUGUGACAUUCAGUGCUACUGAAGCUGAUAAAAUGUUUACUUUCAAUUAUUUGUUAUACAAUUUACAUAUCUUUACCAAGAAAGGAGUUUUUGGAAAUAAACAUGCUCCUACAUCUUUUCCAGAAGAAGAUGUAUGGAAGAUCGCAUUGAAAGAAGAAUUUAAUAUCACUCACUUGAAUGAAAUUUCUAGUGAUGCAUAUUAUGAAAUAUGGCAUUCAAAAUAUUCUGAACCUGAGCAAUUAAUUUUUAAAAAUUAUCGAAAUAAUUCAAAUGUAUUAACUUCUAUCUUAACAGCUUAUGAAUCUAGAAGUCAAGCAUCUGAUAAGUUAUCAUUAAAAUAAGAAGUAGAGAAAGGCUAGGUUUGUAUUUUGUUAUUUUCUAUGUGAAAAAAGAGAUUAUAUAUAUUUUUUCUAAUAACAUAUUAAAUAAGUUUCUAUAAGAAUGAUAACUGUUAUUGUAUUAAUUUAUAAAUUUAAGUACUAUUUUAUAAUAUUGUCUUAAAAAAUAUGUUAAUAUGUUAUAUAGUAUUAUUCAAUACAACGACAAAUAAUAAUAAUAAUAAUAUUAAUAAUAAUAAUAAAAAAUAUUUAAUAAAUACUUGUUACUUUCAGAAUGUAUUCCAUGUAUUUUAUAUCACGUUUUUUUCUUCUCAAAAAAAAAACAUUUUAAAUAUAUAUGUUUAAUUUAAUGCAGCCACUGUACCAAUAUCAAGAGUGAUAAGUCAAAGUGUUACUGUAUUAUGAAUUAAAUGGUCGUAAUUAUUUGAUAAAAAUA